GGAACGAGAUGAAGGGAAGCGGACAAACCAACAUGGCGUCCUGCAAUGAAGCAGGAAAUAGAUUUCAGUUUCAUUAAAACUUGUUUCGGCAGAGCCUCGACUACAAGGUGUUUUGGUGGAGAGGGCUGAGAAGAUUUUUCAGAGACGGUAGACGGCGACGAUACAGACUCUCAAUGGCUGCAAGGAAGCCUGGGUCAGAUUUCCAAAACACCGGGCCCCUCAGUUACCUGGAAGACGUUCCCUUCAAGCUCAACGACAAGUUUCGGUGUCCGGCCAAAGUGGGUCUGCCGAUCGGAUUCUGUCUUCCUGACUGCGGAGCGCUGUUUGCGGAGGUGCAGUAUGACUUCUCGCUGGAGCGGCGGAGCGUGCGCUGGGGGGAGGAGCUUGCGGACGCCCGUGCGGCGCAGGAGCGAGCGCGUCUGAGGGCGGAGGCGGCCCUCGCCCAAUCGGAGGCCCAGGAGGCAGCCGCGGCCUCGCAGGACAGCGAUGGCGGGCUGUCGGACGACCAGGACCCGCCCCCGCCGGCCCUCAACCCUGUGCUGGCGGGCCUGAGGCACAACGCCAUCCUGACCCCCCUGCCCGCCCCCAGCCUGGGGCCGGUGCGACAGAGCACGCCCCCGCCCCCGCCCCCGCAGAGCCUCAACCUGGCCGACUUUGAGUGCGAGGAGGACCCCUUCGACAAACUCGAGCUCAAGACCCUCGACGACCGGGAGGAGCUACGCUGCAUCCUGCAGGUGCAGUCGGCCACGCCCCCGGACCCCGCCCCCCGUUCCCAGAACUCCACCCCUCCCCCAGCCCCGGCCCCCACCCCCGCCCCCGCUCCCACCCCUGCCCCCGCCCCCGCCCCCGCCGGCCCCUCUAAACCUGCCCUCUUCCACAAGCCCAAUGGGCUGGUUGGGCUCCUGGACCUAGAGGGGCCCGGUGCAGGCGGCGGGGGUCUGGGGCCCCUAGAGACGGACCGGCCCUGUAACAUCCGCUCCCUGACCUUCCCCAAACUGUCGGACCCCGGCGACCCCUCGGACGUGCCUGCCUACUCCCCCGGCCCACCCCGCAGCCUCCCCAACGGCGCCCCCCUCCCCUCGGCGGGGGCGAAGAGCGACGUGGGGCGGCCCCAGGAGCCGGCCAACGGGACGCCCAAAGAGCCCACUUCCGCCCCUGUGGCCGCUGUGGUGUCGCCUCCCGGUGGCGCGGCAGGGCAGUGCGGGCCCCAGUUCAGCCUGUCUCCCAGUGAGCGGCAGUGUGUGGAGACCAUCGUGGGCAUGGGCUACUCCUACGAGGGGGUCCUGAAGGCCAUGCAGCGACAGGGCCAGAACGUAGAGCAGGUGCUGGAUUACCUGUUUGUGCACGGGCGGCUGUGUGAGCGAGGCUUUGAGGCCAGCGCGGUGGAGGAGGGCCUGGAGGUGUACCAGUGCUCUGAGGAGAAGGCGCUGGAGUUCCUGCAGCUCAUGUCUCGGUUUGGGGAGAUGGGCUUCGAGAGGGACGCCAUUAAGGAGGUGCUGCUGGUGCACAACAACGACCAGGACAAGGCCCUGGAAGACCUGAUGGCCCGGGCCGCGGCCAGCUGAGGGUCAGCCCCGCCACAGCCCUUACCUCCCCCACCUCCCCUUCCCACGGACACGGGCUUACCCAUAAUCCUCUGCGCCCGGCACCGACCGACUCUGUCACUGCUGUCAGGGAGAGGAUGAGAGCAGGAGAAGCGUGUGAAUGAGGGAGAGGGCUAAACUCAGCUUGUUGUGGAGAAAGCGAAAUACCAGAAUCACAAGCCUUGUUUUUUUUUGUGUAUGGACGUGACAAAGGCAUCACGACCCCUGGUUGGCCUUUUCUCCAUUUGUUGAAAACUGGUGUCGACAGGGGGGAGGGGAGGCAGAAAAUGGAAACGUAACCAACCUAGGGAACGUAUUAAAGACGAUCCUUCUCUCCGAUGAGCGGCCCAAAACUUGGCCACGGAGACGUCCCGCGGCCUGGUGUGUCUGGGAGGGUGAACUGACACUCCCUGCUACAGAGCUGCCACGGAAACGCGAUCGAACCCAGGAGCGGCCCUGCAGCUCCCCCCUCAGGCUCUCAGAAGUGCCCUUUGUGUUCCAGUGGCUGGGCGGUCUCAUUCCAUCCGCCCGGCUCUGUCUGAACUCACCCUGAACACUUCACUCUGUGCUUUCUGUUUUAGGGACCGCAGUAACAGAACUAAAAUUAAUUUAUGUAAUAUAACCUUUGAGGAAAAGUGUAAUGGAUGGAAUAGAUACUAUUAUAGAUACUAUAGAUAUUAUUGUUUUUUUUUGUUUGUUUUUUUUUUUUCUUUGAUAAGACACACACACACACACACACACACAGAUACACACACACACACACACACACACCAUGACAGCAGGACCACUCCAUACACAGAACUUGAUUCAUGCAUAUUGAAUAUUGAAUCAAUAAUUAAUUCUAUGUUACACACAGGGCACUUCCACCUUAUAAUGAAAGUCUAGGGCAAUUCAUCUUGUUCAAAAACUCAUUUUCAAAAAAGAUGUUCCUGAAGGUCAUUUUCAUCUGUUCAUUUGUGGAUUGUAAAAAAGGAACAUGAAAGCGAAUGAUGAGGUUUGUUGUUAAAACGGCCAACCUUUAGAGACUGUGAGUGGAUGUAGUGCACCAUUUUCUGGAUGGUGGCUUUCUGUCCCGCUACAGCUGCACCCUCUAGUUUACAGGAGGGCAGUUGUACUGGUAGAUGGAUUGGUCAUCAGUACUUUCACUAGUAAACUGGUGUCUGACUGGCUUUUAUUGGAAACGGCCACUAAAUAAA